AUGGCAACAGAGAUCGCGGCCACUGGCGCAAGAAUGCCGGUGUCUGUGCUGGUUCUCGUGGCAUUGGUCGUGGUCUGCCUGUCCGCCAACGGGGCGGCGGCGCAGCAGGCGAGCGGCGUGGCUGCAACGUACAACCUGUACAGCCCAGAGAAGAUCAACUGGGACCUGCACGGCGCCAGCGUCUUCUGCGCGACGUGGGACGCCGACAUGCCGCUGGCGUGGCGGCAGAGGUACGGCUGGACGGCGUUCUGCGGCCCCGCCGGCGCGCACGGCCAGCCGUCCUGCGGCCGCUGCCUCCAGGUGACGAACAGGGCGACGGGGGCGCGGGCGGUGGCGAGGGUGGUGGACCAGUGCGGCAACGGCGGGCUCGACCUUGACGCCGCCGUGUUCCAGCAGAUCGACACCAACGGAGGCGGCGCCGCCAACGGCCACCUCGUCGUCGACUAUGAGUUCGUCGGCUGCCAAGACUAAAUGUGCUUGGGAAAUCAGUAGCCCCGGCAAGAAAUAAAACGCAGUCGAAAUUAAUACUAC